GAAACACCAGUAAACGAAAUAAAUAAGAACAUGGACUCGUGUAUGAGCGCCAGUUGCACGGCAGCCUCGUCGCAAACGCCCGCCUCGAUAUUCUCUAACCUGAUACAACUGCUGUUGACGUCGCAAUGCAUGCUGAGCCAAAGCAACGACUAUCCAAUGGACAGAACUGAGGAAAUCGUGUCAUCGAGCAGAGAGUUCGAUUUUAUAAUCGCGGGCGGUGGCACAGCAGGCAGCGUUCUGGCACGCAGAUUAACGGAAGUUGAGGAUUGGAAUGUUUUGCUGAUCGAAGCUGGAGAUGAUCCUGUUGCAGACAGCGACGUUCCUGGCCUCGCGUUUCUCUUGGCCGGUCAGAGUCAAGAUUAUGCUUACAAGGCAGAGGCCGAGGAGGGGAGCUGCGGGAGCAUCAAGGGCAGGCAGUGUCGCUGGUCGAAGGGCAAAGCGCUGGGUGGUAGCUCGGUGAUCAACGCGAUGAUACACCUGUUCGGCAACGAGCGCGACUACAACACGUGGUCCGAGCUCGGUAACGAGGGCUGGAGCUACGAGGAGGUGCUCCCCUACUUCAGGAAGUCGCUCAACUGUUCCUGGGAGCACGUGUCGAAGUUCGGCGGCAGACACUGCGCAACAGGUGGCCCGAUGAACGUCAGAGGCUACAACUACACGCUGCCGAGCAUCCAGAACGUCUUUCUGGACGCGGUGCGCGAGUUAGGGAUGAACUUGCUCGAGCCUCUGAUCGGCGAUCGUUACGUGGGAUUCGGACGGACGAUGAGCACCCUGGACGAAGGGCGUCGCGUGAACGCCGCGAGAGCGUUCCUCUCGCCGAUCAAACACAGGCGGAACCUCCACGUGAUGAAGUCCGCCAGAGUGGACAGGAUCCUGCUGGAAGGUACUCGAGCAACUGGCGUGCGUGUCACGUUGAAGGACAACCGAUCGGUGGACAUCAAAGCGUCGAGAGAGGUGAUCCUCUCUGCGGGAAGCGUAGCCAGCCCGCAGAUACUGAUGCUCUCGGGGAUCGGGCCAAAGGAGCACCUGGCUGAGAUGGGGAUAGAGACGGUGGUGGAUCUACCGGUCGGGGAGAACCUUCAGGACCACGUCAGCUGGAUCGGGAUACAGAUGGCCUACGCGAACGAGCUCGCCACCAGCCCUCCACCGUUGAAUUUCAUGCAGGACGUCGCUUACAGGUAUCUGGUGAACAGGACCGGCGAACUGGCCACUGUGGGGAUACCUCUGUUAGGCUUCGUGAACGUGAACGACCCCCAGAGCCCCCAGUACCCGGACAUCCAGUUCCACGUCAGUUACAUUUCACGCCCGUUCGAGAUGGACGUUCUGACGAGCUUCUUCGACUUGAACGACGAGGUAGCCACAGAGAUGAGGAGAACCGCCAUGGAGUCCAACGUAGUCAGCCUCUGCAUCGUUCUCUUGAAUCCUAGGAGCCGGGGAACGAUCAAGCUGCGAAGCGCCGAUCCAGCCGACCAGGUCAGGAUUUACGCGAAUUACUUCCGCGAGAGGGAGGACUUGCAGACGUUGUUGAAGUCUGUGGACGUUGUCAAGUCGUUGGUGAACACCGAGGCGAUGAGGAAGCAAGGCAUGCGGCUGAUCACAUUGGACAUUCCUGAAUGUAGGCACACGGAGCCCGGUUCCUCGGAGUAUUGGGAGUGUAACGUGAGGAACAUCGCGACCACGUUGUUUCACGCGACUGGCACCGCUCGAAUGGGACCGGCUAACGAUCCACGGAGCGUCGUCGAUCCUCGGCUCAGAGUACACGGGAUCGAGAGGCUACGUGUCAUCGACGCUUCGAUCAUGCCGAACAUCGUCAGCGCGAACACCAACACGCCGACCAUGAUGAUCGCGGAGAAAGGAGCGGACAUGGUGAAGGACGACUGGAGGAAGAAACAACGUGUCGAACUUUAG